AUGGAGAGCGGUCUCGCUGAGAAAAGGGGAAAUGUUGACCGCAGCUUCAUAAGAUUUGGACGAAGCGACGUCGACGAUAAGCGAAGCUAUGGCAGGAAUUUCCUCAGAUUCGGCCGAGGAGUAGAAGGCGACUACGAAGACGAAGAAAUUGAAUCCUUAUCGGCCGCCAAGAGGAACCGCAACUUCUUGCGUUUCGGACGCAGCCGCAACUUCUUGCGUUUCGGACGCAACCGCAACUUUUUGCGUUUCGGACGAAACCGCAACUUCUUGAGGUUUGGUCGAUCUGGUCCUGAAGACAUCGUCAGUCUCGAAGGCACUCCCAGCGAGGUCAUCCUUUUUCCCGCUCUAGAGGAACCAAUAGCGGAGGACGACGUCUUCCAAAGGGCUGCUCGUGGAAACAGAAACUUUUUAAGGCAAGGAAAUUUAAUUUCAUCUUGA